AUGGAUUGCCUUUUUGUUGACUCAAAUUUUUUGGUUAGGCUUUCAAGCUCAACAGAGGCUGGGCGAGUGCUUCCUCUUAAGUUUGAAGAUGUGUCUCAAGUGGUGCACCCAGGGCCCACACUAAUUCGGGAAAAUGGCUCUCUCGCAGGUCCUACCACUUUGCUUCGCCUUCCUACGUCUCCUCCUUUGGGGAAUAUCCCCCCUGUGGAUGUGAAGAGCUUGCGAAGCAACACGGUGAAAUAUUUGGAAGACUUCGACUCGAAAGCCUGGUUUGACGACCCUGUAUGUACCCUGAUUCAAGGGCAUGCAGUGAAUCAGGGCGAAUCCUGUGACACGGUAGAUGCCUUUGGCAAGAUCAACGGAAAGCAAAUCUUGGCCACUUCUGAAGUUGUCGAUCGAGUCUUAGAUCAUGUGCAAAAUUUGGAUCUGGGAAGAGAUUUCAGAGCCGAGAUUCGUCGCAUUGACGAACGGCUUCUCUCUCAGCAUGCAGCUUUCCUCAUAGGCAACCAGGCCAUGGAUUUCCACAAGCAAGACGGUGUGACCGAGAUUGAAGAGUCCAUUGAAGCCAACGUUGUGGAGAGGAAGCUCAAUGACCUGCUCUUGCAAGAUGAAUUGGCAGGUCGAGUUCGAAUACAGAGACAGACUGCUUUGGUUGGAUGCGUAUCCAACUUCUCCAAUUUCUUGGAUCUCUGCCGAAAGACCCUCCGAAACAUUGAACUUGGCAUUCCAGUGCUGGUGCUUUCGCGAUCGAACACCACCCAGCACAUGUACCGUUGGGUUCAACUUCUUCUGGAUGAGAUGAAGAAAGAAGGCCUUGACACUUCUCUGGUCAGCUAUGUCUCCUGCAGUAUUGAAGAGCAACGGAGGAUCAUGUCAAUGAUGAAAGCAAGCCCUCUCUAUCUCACAGGAAGCCGCGAGGUUGCAGCAGCUAUCAAAGAGUUGAUGCCUUACACCUUCGCCAGCACGGGUGGCCCAAAUACGAUGGUUGCGCCCAAGCUCGACGGGGACAUUGAAGCUGCCACGCGCAUGUCAAGCACCAUCGAAAAUAGUGGCCAGUGUACGGCCAUGCGGCAUUUGGUAACGGACUCCAUGACCAAAGAAGACUUGAAAAGGAUUUUUCAAGAUGUGCAAGUCACAGACUCUUCUGCGGAAAGCCUUCGCAAGGGAGCUUUCGAUGGUUUGUUUCGCCAAUGGGCCGAAGGCUUCCAAGUCAAAGAUGGCUACGAAGUGCUUCCCUCCGCACCGGGCGGGCAGCCGUUGGCCUAUCGCAUCUCCCGAGGGUUGACCCCAAACGGGGUUGAGGAACACUGGCGUCGAGUCUACCUGGAUGUCAGCACUCCAACUGACACCUCAGUGAAAGACCCAAAGUUCCUGGGAGAUUUGUCACGAUGGCUGACCACGGAGCAGCCAAUCACCCUUGCAGUCAACGGCGACGAUGAAGGAUUCCCGAUCAUGCAUCAGCUAUUUCAGUCCACGGCACAAGCUAUUUACAGUGUGGGGCGCGAGGGAAAGCCAGCCCUCACAGCACAAGCACGACCGCAAGAUGGAGAAAUCUUUGGCGAGUUUCCUCCACGUUUGGACAUGGGCAAAUAUACCUGUGGCCCAGUCUUUGUGCCUUCAAGCACCCCUUCCUACAUGGCCCGUUAUGAGAAAAGCUUCUUGGAGGAGGCUGCAAAGCGAGCUCAAUCCUUUGGCCUGGCAGACAUUCUUGGGGAUGUUCCAGUGGAGAUGAAAGGCUAUGCUGUUCUCCUAGCAGAAUACCUUAAAGAUUCUCACCCAGAAGCUCUUAGAAGCUUUUGCAGUGCUAGCUCUAAUCUUGCUGGCCAAUCCCUAAAAUAG